AUGAGCUCAGACACACGGAUUAUCCCACUUCGAGUGGUAAACAAAACGGCGUAUAUCUGGGAUGUUGAUGACAUCGCCAUUGUGCGCUCAAAGCACCGCAUCUGCGGUAUACUUGUCGGUACACUUCCGCAUCUCUCCCAACAGAAUGUGUUCUUGGGGGUUCCUCUAGUUUUGAUGCCGGAAGAGGCUGCACUCUUAGUCAACAUAGGCGCCGCCGUCUUUGUUGACGAUCCAAACGCCCAUCGGAAUCCCACCAUCCCACAACUAGAAGCAUGGUCCGCGGAGCAGAGAGAUUUGGCAAGGUCUCAAAUUGAGCUAACUGAGACAAAGACAGCAAAAGAGAGUGCUAAUCCCACGCGCGCCAUGUCUGAAGACGCGCUUCGAAAACGGAGGGAGCGUGAGGAGCGAAAGAAGGCUAAAGCAGCUGAAGUCGCUGCACAGCAAGCUGCUGCUGCCUCUGGAUCCGGAGAAACAGAAUUGAAUCCCUCUUUGCUACUUGGCGCACCAUUAAUGUCCAAGCCAGAAACUAUCCACACACCCCCGACAGACCCCCUCACCCCUUCUUCGUCUGAGCUUUCCAAAUCUGCCUCUACUCCUUACACCAUUGUGAUACCCGCAUCCGCCGCAUCUCAGCCAUGGUACAACGCUUCGUCAUGUACAUAUAAAACCAUUGAAUCCGCCAGAGCUGCUGGGGUCUGGGAUUUUCCAGCAACACUCUCCGAUCGUGCUAGAUCUGGCGUGUUUCAUGACCUUUGGAAGCAGGGAUAUUUCAUGGGUGGGGGCAUCAAAUUUGGGGGCGAGUAUCUUGUAUACCCAGGCGACCCAUUGCGUUAUCACUCUCAUUUUUCUGCUUCGGUGGUUGAGUCACCCAUAGCUUCUUUAAGACCUAUGGAAAUUGUUGCCCAUGGUCGGUUAGGUACCGCUACCAAAAAAGCUCAUCUCCUGUGUGGAUGGGAUGACGAAAAACAAGAAGUCUCUUAUCUUUCCAUUGAAUGGGCAGGCUUUGGUUAA